AUGGUCCAGGCACAUCGCCACGGUCAUUACGCGCAGCUCAACGUCAAGCAAACGCUCAACAGGCGUGCACUCUCCCCACCGGCUCCAACGCUCGUCUGGGGGCGGGUGCAGGCACGGCGGGAACCACAGCCUCACGGCUCACAGGAGCAGAGGCAUACGACGGUGGCGGCGGUGGCGGCGCCACACCGGCAGGAUGAGAGGCAGGCGGAGGAGUCUGCGGAGGAAGCCGAGGCCGCGGCUGCAGCGUCUAAGACUCGCCGAAAGGGAGAGGCGUUGGAAGAGGGGGAUGCGGUUGCUGCGACACCACUGACAGCAACCCAGGAGGCGCGGGAGAUGACGCAAGCACCAACGGUGGACGCGGAGCCUGCACAGGGGGAGGCUGCUGCUGGAGCUGCCACUUCUGCCAACGGUUCAGUCUCUCCUGCUGCCUCUGUCGACGACGCAACAUGUUCGGGUCCCCGAGUCCUCCUCGUGGAGGGGAGCGAUAGGAUCGGCGGAAGGGGUGGGCAUGGGCGCCGGGGGAGCGCGUAA